AUGCUGGCAGCUCUAAAGCCGUGCUUACCACGGCGCCUCGAUCGUGUCCUAUGCACCGCAUUGCACCCAUCCGCAGCGCACCGCGCGCUCCAGCCAGUCCAGUACCGAGUCUUAGUGCUCUGGGAUCAGGCUCAGGCCGCCGCCGGAACAGCAUGGAUUCGCGGAUUCACCGCAAAUUCCGGCGGAGAUUCAGGGAACGGGAGUAAUGCAGGAGGCAAGAAGGGGGAUUCGGCGGCGGAAGUAGUUGCGGAAGGCGGAGGGGAAUCCGCGCGCGUGGCGGAAGCAUCGGCGGAAGGGGCGGGGGAAGCGGCGGGGGAAGCCGCCGCUAGUGAGGCAUCGGCGGAAGCAGUGGGGGAGGAAGUCGCAGCGGAUGCCGUAGCGCACGCAGGGUACCAUGGCGCCCGGCGCGGCCGCAUUAGACGGCGUGAUUCGCGGAUCAGGUCUGCCACGGAAAUUAAGGGAGCCGCUUCCGCUCCCGCUGCAGCGGCUGCGAACGCGGAAGCUGCCGCGCUGGGGGAGGGGAAAUCCGUGGGGGGAAUUGCGGGGGAAAACGCAGGCGCAUCCGCGGAAGCCGGGUCAGAAUUCGUGAUGGGGGAAGGCGCAGCGGGGGAAGGAGCGGGGGAAGGCGGGGGGUUGGCGGAGGAAAACUCCAUCGUCCCCGCGGGUCCGCGUCCCGAGCAUUACCCGACAGUGCUCGCGAUUCCGCUCACGCGCAGACCGCUAUUCCCUGGUUUCUACGUCCCCGUUAUUGUCAAGAACCCCAAGCUGGUGGCGGCGUUGCAAGCGCUCAAGGCGCAUGGCACGCCCUACGUGCCCAUGCUUACACCUCCUCUCCCCUUUCUCCCCCCCCACAACAACCCCCCCCCCCCCCUCCCCUCCCCCCUGCUGCAGAACCCCAAGUUGGUGGCGGCGCUGCAGGCGCUCAAGGCGCAUGGGACGCCCUAUAACCCCAAAGCUGGUGGCGGCGCUACAGGCGCUCAAGGCGCAUGGCACGCCCUACGUGUCCAUGCUUACCCCUCCGCUCCCCCUUCUUCCCCCCCCAACACCCCGCCCCCUCUCCCCCUGCAGAACCCCAAGCUGGUGGCGGCGCUGCAGGCGCUCAAGGCGCAUGGCACGCCCUACGUGGGCGCAUUCCUAGUGCGCGACGACCAUGCUGCUCCUGCUGCUGCUGCUGCUGCUUCUUCUGCCGCUCAUCCUUCAGCUAGCGCAGCUGGAACAGCCGGAGCAGCAGGAGCAGACGGGGCAGAAGGAGCAGCCCCAAGCAGCAGCAGCAGCAGCAGCAGCAGCGGCAGCCGGCGGGAGUUGGGGCUAGAGAGGAGUGAUGGCGUUGCGGAGGAGUGGGGCAGGGAGGUGGCUGGUGGAGGGGGGGCAGCGGGGGCAGGGGGAGGGCAGGCGAAUGGGCAGGCGGAAGGAGCAGGAGCGGGGUUGGGAGAGGGGGCGGGAGAGGGGGAAGGUGUUGGGGGUGGCGGUGGAGGGGAGGCGUUUAUCAAGGGAGGGGAGCUGUAUAGCAAGCUGCAUGAAACAGGGACGUUCGCCCAGGUGAUGCAGGUGAUCAAGCCUCUUGAUGGCGACUCUGCGCAGGUGCUGCUGAUGGGGCACCGGCGGCUGAGGCUGACAGGCAUGGUGGGGGAGGACCCGCUCAGUGUCACUGUGGACCAUAUCAAGGAUCUGCCUUACGACAGCAACAGCGUGAUGAUUAAAGCCACGGUGAUGGAGGUGGUGAGCACGCUCAAAGACCUUGUGAGGCACAACCCGCUGUACAAGGAGCACAUCGCCAUGUUCGUGCAGCACGUGGGCGAGUUCAAUGCCUCGAGGAUGGCUGACUUUGGAGCCGCGCUCACCACUGCGGAUGAGCCAACACUGCAAUCGGUGUUGGAAGAGCUGGAUGUGGGCAAGCGCCUGUCUCUCGCGCUCAUGCUGCUCAAGAAGGAAUUAGAGCUGGCCAAGCUGCAGGCAAACAUCGCCAAGGGCGUGGAGGAGAAAUUGGCAGGGGAGAGCCGCAGAUACAUGCUCAUGGAACAGCUCAAGGCCAUCAAGAAGGAGCUAGGGCUUGAGAAGGAUGACAAAACUGCACUCAUCGGUCGCUUCAAGGAGAAGCUUCAGCCAUUUCAGCAGAACUGCCCUCCAGCAGCCAUGCAGGUGAUCGAGGACGAACUGGCCAAGCUGCAAGGCCUGGAAGCAAGCUCAUCAGAGUUCAACGUGACGCGCAACUACCUCGACUGGCUCACGUCCAUCCCCUGGGGGCACUACAGCGAGGAGAAUCUGGACGUGGUGCGGGCGCAGCAGGUCCUGGAUGCGGAUCACUACGGGCUGACGGACGUGAAGGAGCGCAUCCUCGAGUUCAUUGCUGUGGGGCGGCUCAAGGGCAGCACACAUGGCAAGAUCAUCUGUCUGGUGGGCCCACCAGGGGUGGGAAAGACGUCCAUCGGUCGUUCCAUCGCCAACGCCCUGGACCGCAAGUUUUAUCGCUUUUCCGUUGGAGGGCUGUCUGACGUGGCAGAGAUCAAGGGCCACCGGCGCACCUACGUGGGAGCCAUGCCAGGCAAGAUGGUGCAGUGCUUGAAAUCGACGGGGGUGGCCAACCCUCUCGUGCUUAUCGACGAGAUCGACAAGCUGGGAAGGGGCCACGCGGGCGACCCAGCAGGGGCGCUGCUGGAGAUGCUGGAUCCGGAGCAGAACGCGUCAUUCCUCGACCACUACCUGGACGUGCCCCUCGACCUAUCUAAGGUGCUCUUUGUGUGCACGGCCAACAUGCUUGAGACCAUCCCGGCACCCCUGCUGGAUCGCAUGGAGGUGAUUCGCCUGGUGGGGUACAUUUCAGACGAGAAGACCCACAUCGCUCGAGGGUAUCUGGAGCCUGCUGCCCGCACUGGGUGUGGUGUGAAGCCAGAACAGGUGUUGGUCACUGACGCUGCGCUGCACUCACUCAUCGAGACGUACUGCAGGGAGGCGGGCGUGAGGAACCUGCAGAAGCACAUUGAGAGGAUCUACCGCAAGGUGGCACUUAAGAUAGUGCGGAGGGAGGGGGCGAGGGAGGAGAAGAAGAAGGUAGCAGCGGCGGCAGCAGCAGGAUUGCUGGAGGAUGGGGAAGAGGACAAGGAUUCUGUCUCCAGCAGUGCUAGUGGCAGCAGCAGCAGCAGCAGCAGUGAUUUCAGCAGCAGUAUUUCUAGCGCUAGUGAUUCUAGUAGCAGCAGCAGCAGGAAGGACAGUAUGGAUAUAGCGGAGAAGAUUAUGGAGGGUACAGAGGGGGCUCUGGACUUGGUUACUCGACUGUCCGAUGAUGGGGGAGAGGGAGAGAGGAGGGGCGAGGAGAAGGCGGAGAAAGAGGAAAAAUCAGAGGAAUUGGGUACCCGUGAGGAGAAGGAGGAGGUUAAGGAGGUUAGGGAGAAAGAGGCUGGAAGUGAGGAUGGGACGGAGGGUGAGAAGGAAGCUGAGAGGAUAGUGGUGGACGAGGGCACGUUGGUGGAGUAUGUGGGGCAGCCGGUGUUUCAGAGCGAGCGCAUGUACGAUGAGACGCCCGUGGGUGUGGUCAUGGGGCUGGCGUGGACGGCCAUGGGGGGAUCGACUCUCUACGUGGAAGCAACCGUCAUUGAGCAGGCAGCAGAAAGGGGCAGUCUGGAGCUGACGGGCCAGCUGGGCGACGUGAUGAGGGAGAGCGCCACCAUAGCGCACACAGUCGCUCGGCAGAUCCUCACACGUGCCGACCCCGGCAGCGAGUUCUUCAGGAAGACGCGCAUGCACAUGCACGUGCCGGCUGGGGCCACGCCCAAGGACGGCCCGAGUGCUGGCUGCACCAUGAUCACUGCCAUGCUGUCUCUGGCUCUGGGGCGGCACGUGCGGGCGGAUUUGGCGAUGACUGGAGAGGUCACCUUGACUGGCAGAGUCCUGCCGAUAGGAGGGGUGAAGGAAAAGACGAUUGCAGCUCGUCGCAACGGUGUGAAGCUGCUUGUGUUCCCCAAGGCCAACCGGAAAGACUAUGAGGAGCUGCCAGAGCAUGUGAGGGAGGGGCUGGAUGCACGGUUUGUGGAUCACUAUGAUGAGAUCUUUGAGCUUGCAUUUGGACGGGGAGCGGAGGAGAUGGGUGCUGCAGAAGUGGUGGCUGAUGCUGUGGCUGUUGAGCCUCAGAGGGAGAAGGCCGGUGCUAUUAUUGCGUCGUGA